CUGGCGGAAGCACGGAGAUCCACAGUGGAAGCAAGCUGUUGUGAUGGGUGAUUUCCUUCCAACGAGUCACUUGGGUUCAGUGUCGGAGGCGUAUGCGAAGGAGCUCGAAGAGUAUAUCCUCACGCAGAGGAAGAUUGCAAAACAGCCUCGCAAGGAGAAAGAAUCAGGGAGGGAAUUCUGCUUUGAGCGGAAAAAGGAAAAGAAGCUGUUCAAGAAAUGGAUGGAAGUGAAAUACAUGCAGAGCUUGGCUUGUCCCGGCGAACCCGUUGGCGUUCUCGCUGCACAGUCGGUUGGAGAACCAUCUACACAGAUGACUCUGAAUACCUUUCACUUGGCAGGGCAGGGAGAAGCAAACGUGACCCUCGGUAUUCCACGUCUUCGUGAGAUCUUAAUGACAGCUGCAGAAAGAAUUCAAACGCCGGUCAUGGUCUGCCCUCUUCUUCCCGGCAAAACAAAGGCUGAUGCCGAGGCAGUUGCGAGUCUGUUGAGAAAAGUGAAAAUGGCAGAAGUGAUCCGGAGAGUAGAGGUGGCAGAGAAACCAUGUGCGGUGGUUGCAGGUGGGAUGCGGAGCAAGGUGUAUAGGGUGCGCCUGCAGUUCUAUGCGGAGGAGGAGUACCCAUCGCAUCUAAAGAUCACGACCCGGGAAUGUGAAAGGGCAUUUCGUCUAGAGUUUGUCGGAAACCUGAUGGCUGCUGUUGGAAAGCUUCAGAAGAAACAGAGUGCGAAGAUGGGCGAUGCAAAGCUCAUCAUUGAAUCAGCGCCUAUGGUAGCGGAGGUGAAGGAAGCUAAUCCUGAUGCAGGCCAGAAAUCCAAGAAAGGCGAGGAUGACGAGGUCGCAGAGGAAGAUGGAGCGGAUGCUGAGAAGCGGCGAGGGCAGGGGAGGGAAGGCCGUACAUACGACGCGGAUGUUGAUGACGAGGAGCGCGAAAUUGCUCAGCAGACAAUGAGAGAGGCGGCCCGCCACGGUUUCGAAGGAGCGGCGUGGGAACCCGUUGACGAAGAAGAUGAAAUGGGAGAGGUGGACGAUGAAGGCGAUGUAGAGGCUGCCGCGGGAGAAGCGCGAGGCGACGAAGCAGAUGACGAGCAUGGCGAGUUGUCGGAUGAUGAGGAUCACGGGAGAAUAGGUGUGGGAACGAUCAGAAAGGCGGACGGCGAGGUGGUGAAAACGGAUGUCAAGGGUUCGAAGCCGAAAGCAAGCAAGAAAGGGUCGACAGCGGAAGCAAGCAGCGUGUUGACGGGGAAGAACUGGUGCGAGUUCCGAUUCUCGGUCCCGGUCAACUCUCCGCCAUUGCUGCUCAUGGAGCUGGUGGAGAAAACGGCGCUUGAGGUGGUGGUGAGAGAAACGCCCGGAAUAAAUCGUUGUUAUGUGAUGGAUGGCGAUAAAGGUGGUCCCCCCAAAAUACAGCUGGAUGGCAUCAACUUUGGCGGGGUCUGGAAACACUCUGACGUAUUGGAUGUCAAUCAGCUCACGACUAAUCACCCAGCUGCGAUGCUUCGUACUUACGGUGUCGAAGCGGCGAGGGCAACGAUCAUGAAUGAGGUGAGGGGAGUGUUUGGCGCGUAUGGAAUCGCUGUUGAUGCGAGACAUCUCAGCUUGAUCUCAGACUUCAUGACGUUCCACGGCGACUACAGAGCGUGCAAUCGUAUUGGCAUUGAGGCACACACUUCACCGUUCCUGAAGAUGAGCUUUGAGACGGCAACGCACUUCCUGAUGGACGCAACGCUGAAGGCGCAGACUGAUUUCCUGGAGUCGCCCUCUGCUCGGAUAAUCCUAGGGCAAGUGCCACAGAUCGGAACUGGAUCAUUUGACUUGCUCCACAGGAUACCAAAAGCCGCCAAGUGCUAAGGAAGGUAGUUGCGUAAACCACCGUUGGUCCACUACCUUUCCCCGCUUGAAAAACAAAGUCGCAGCUCGUUA